AUACACAUUCCUGAUUUUAUAUCGUCUUCUCUGGACUUGGAGAAAUUCCAUUUUACUUGUAUAUUUCGACUUGCGAACAACGUUGGCGUGUAUUUUGUUUUUAAAUAAAGCCAUCGAAUUGAAAAAUAAAAAUUGUAAAAUACAAUUUCUUACGCACGAAUAAAUAUUAAACAUUCUAAAAAGAAUAUGAAGUUAAUAUUGUGCUCAUUACUUUUUGUGCUGGCCACGAUUUUUGCUAUCGGAGCCGGGGAAGACAUUAAAGUGGAGGAUGGCGUGCUAGUGUUGACGACAGAAAACUUUAAACAGGCCGUGGCUGACAACGAGUACAUUCUGGUUGAAUUUUAUGCUCCAUGGUGUGGUCAUUGUAAAGCUUUGGCACCAGAAUAUGCAAAAGCUGCACAACAAUUAGCCGAAAAGGAGUCCCGGAUCAAAUUAGCUAAAGUUGAUGCCACUGUUGAGGGAUCUUUAGCCGAAGAAUAUCAAGUGCGUGGUUAUCCCACUUUAAAAUUUUUCCGUAAUGGUAUACCCGUCGAAUAUAAUGGUGGCCGUCAAGCGGAAGAUAUUUUUGCUUGGGUAAACAAAAAGACUGGGCCUCCUGCGAAGGACUUGGCAAAUGUAGCAGAUGCUAAAACUUUCCUUAAAGAUAACGAGAUUGCAUUGAUUGGCUUCUUUAAGCAGCAAGAUUCUGACGAAGCAAAAGCCUUUAUUGCUGCUGCAAAUGCCUUGGAUAGAUUUGCCUUUGGUAUCACUAGUAAUGAUGAAGUUAUAGCUAAACAUGAAGUUAAAGACGGUUCUGUUGUUUUGUUUAAACCAUUUGAUGAAAAGAAAACAGUGUUCGAUGGCACAUUCGACGAGGAAAACUUAAAGAAAUUCGUUCAAGUGCAUUCGUUACCUUUAAUUGUGGAAUUUAAUCAUGAAUCGGCCUCGAAGAUAUUCGGUGGUUCAAUUAAAUCACAUUUACUUUUCUUUGUUUCAAAAGAAGCUGGCCAUAUUGACAAACAUGUUAUGCCCUUAACAGAUCUCGCCAGAAAGUACCGCGAAGAUAUACUGUUUGUGACCAUCUCGUCGGAUGAAGAGGAUCAUGCUCGCAUAUUUGAAUUUUUCGGUAUGUCGAAAGAGGAAGUACCCACUGUACGUCUUAUUAAAUUGGAAGAAGAUAUGGCCAAAUAUAAACCAGAAAGUAACGAUCUAUCUGCCGAUGUUAUAAAAGAUUUUCUACAGAAAUUUAUGCAGGGAAUGCUUAAACAGCAUUUAUUAUCUCAGGAAUUGCCCGAUGAUUGGGAUAAAAAUCCCGUAAAAGUCUUAGUAGCUACGAUAUUUGAUACAGUCGUCUACGAUACUAAGAAAGAUGUGCUUGUGGAAUUCUACGCUCCUUGGUGUGGCCACUGCAAACAAUUGGCACCUAUUUACGAUCAAUUAGGUGAAAAAUAUAAAGAUCAUGAUUCUAUUGUAAUUGCGAAAAUGGAUGCUACUGCAAAUGAAUUGGAACACACUAAAAUCUCCUCAUUCCCCACCAUUAAGUUGUAUCGCAAAGGUGACAAUAAAGUGAUUGAUUACACUUUAGAUAGAACUUUAGAUGAUUUCGUUAAAUUCCUGGAGAGCGGCGGAGACGUACAAAGUGGAUCAGACGAAGUCACUGAGCAAGCUGAGGAUGUUGAAGAAAAAGAGGAAACUGAGGAACACAAAAAAGAUGAAUUGUAAACUGAUACACAGAAUGAAAACACUCUCUACUUAGCUUACUUAUAAAUACCCUUCCAUUAUGAACAUAAUUCUUCAGGAGAGAGAGAGAGAAAUAAGUAAUAAAAUGUUUACACGAUCAUCAUCAGUUUCUAAUUAUACAGACAAGCUACUUCUUUUGAUAUAUAUUUAUAUAUAUAUAUAUAUUAAAUGUUUUUUUUUUUUUUUUUUUUUUCCUCUCUCUACCUUCUUCUCUCUCCUUUCUAUACUACAAACUACUAGGACAGAAACGACACAAACUUUUUCUACUUUAUAUAAGACUUUUAUCUUUGCUCCUUUAAUAAUUUUUCUUCGUAUGAUUUCAAUUCGUGAAGUUACUUCUUGUUUCUAGUUUAAUUUUCGUACUAUUUACAUACCGAUAAGUUAUGUCAAGAAUUUAUUAAUAAUUUUUUUUUUUUUUAUAUAUAUACAUUUCUGAACUAAACUGUGUAAUAGAAAGAGAAACUGAAUUAUAAAAUUAUUUAUAAAUUUUAUUUGUUUAAAAUUAGAAACACAAACUUAACAACUUAACUAUAAAACGCACAUAAUUCCAUUAUUUGGGAUUUGCGAGUUAUGCAAGUUAAUGCAUGGAUGUGAUAUAUAUAAUUGGAAGGUUUGCAUUUCGUUUGAGAGAACAUUCUAGAAAAGUCUACAUCCGCGCAAAGGUCAAUCUAAAGUUUUGUGUAUGCACUUUUAUUGAAGAAUUCAAUAAUUUAGAAAAAAAUAUAUAUAUUUUUUUUAAUGCAUUAUUUUUCAAUAGUUUAUUGCAAAUAAUUUGAAAAAAAAAGUAAAAAAAAAAAAAGGAAAGAGGUGCUUAUCCCUUUGUUACGACCUUUGUAAACUUAUAAUGCAUUUAUCGUUGAUAUAAUUCCCGAUGCAGUGCUGCAAAAAUUAUCGAUUAAAAGCAUAAUAACUGAAUAUGGUUAACUGAGAGUGAAAAUACCGAAUAUUAUUAAAUUCAUUGAAAUCAGUCUGGCAGAGGAUACAUUUAAUUAAAUUUUCUGUAAUAAAUCUUCAUACUGAAGAACAACGACAGCAACUGCACAUCAAAAAAAAAAAA